GGUACAGGCUCAUCAUUUGUACAGAAGAGAAGUUUUCCUGAAGGCAUGCAAGUCAGUCAGCUCAUCUGUCUGUCACUCUGUCACAUCACGGCGGUGCAGAGGGGGAAUUUUGACCUGUGAGCCACAAGAGGAAGGUAUGUUAUCUCAUUAUUUACACUGUUUGUGUCUCCAUUUCACUGUAUGUGCAGUGUACAUUUGCCUGAUCAGAAUUAGAAUACUUUUUAAACAGAGGAAAAUUAAGCUAGACAGGAUAUUGCAAAGUUUAGCUUGAUUAACAAUGUAUUAUUAGUAUUGAAUGCUUAAAUUAUUGAAUUUUGACUGCUUUUUUUGCACAGUGAAACGUAAUUAUAUGCAGUGGAGAAGCUUACAGUGACUACAUGAGAAAUAAGUCCAGAGACAGUCAGAGAAAGGAGUUACAAAGUUUGAUGGAUACAGGCAAGAAUGACUACCUGUGAUGCUCUGUGGUGCAUUUACAGUGCGGGGGAUGUGGUGCCAAUUAUUUUGUAAAAAGAAAAUUUAAAGGGCAUGCAUGUUUUGCAAUGAUUUUUUGGUUCUAUUUUCAGCCUUCGUUGAGAGAAUAGAAUGCCGAAUUGAGCAGGACACUGAUAGGAGAGAGAGCAGGUAACAGCAUGCCACAGACGGGACUUGCUGUUUAAGGACUACUGGCUGUGCACAAAGUCAACCUGGAGGUAAAGCAGUUGUCCAUUAACCAGAAGGUUAGUGGUUCAAUUCUCCUCUAUCCCCAGUCUGUUUGUUGUGUCCUUGGGCAAGACACUUAGCCCACCUUGCUCCCAGUGUGUGUCCUCUACUGGUGUAUGAUUGUGAGUGUUGUGUGGUGGUGGUCGGAGAGGCCGUAGGUGCAAACUGGCAGCCACAUUUUUGUCAGUCUGCCCCAGGGCAGCUGUGACUACUAAGGUAGUGAACAUCACCAGGGUGUGACUGUGUGAGCGAAUGAAUGAUGUAUCCAAUGUGAAGCGCUGUAUGAAAUCUGAUGAAUUACCACUGACCCAAUCUAACACCCCCAAGUUUUGGAGUUGUAUUUGAAAUUCAGAGAUUUAUUUUUAAAACAGACUUAAAAGAAUAAAUAUUUUAAAAUUUAGUAAUAUUUAGAUGACAAUUGAAGACGUGAUUUAUGUGUAACUCUCCUAAAGCAUCUUGUCUUUGGUUUGAUUUCCUUGAAUACUUCUUAGAGGAAGUCAUAUUUAUAAGAUAUUUUGUGUCAUAUUUAUCUCAGAAUUUUUUUUUUUUUUGUCAAAUAAACUAGGCUUUUAUCUUUAAACUCAAUAUCUAGUUUUAAUUUAGUUUGUUUGCAAAAACAGCCUGAUUAAAGAUGCAGUGUGCAAUAUUUUGUGGCUUAGAUACUCACUGCAUAGAAAUGGAAUACAAUAUAGUAUAACAUUAUAAUAUAUAAUAUAAUAUUUUAUCAUACAAGAAAGUUUCUCAGAGGAAAUGAAAUGUUUUUUUUUUUGUUUUUUUUGCUUACAGGGACUCAAGAUGACGCCUCCAUCAGUCCUCAUGUUUGUCCUGCUGAUGCAUCAAAGUUUCUCGCUCUCUGGUCCACAGUGUCGAAGCUGUGAACAAACAACCUGUGACUGCUCGGGGCAAAACCUGGACAGAGUCCCUGCAGCCCCAUCACGGAUCAUCACUGAAAUCAAUCUGUCAUCCAACACCCUAAAGAGAAUAAGUAAAGAUGACUUUGACUCAUAUGUUAGUCUACAGUCUUUAAACCUGAGCAACAAUAACAUCACAGAGAUCCACGAGCAGGCGUUUGACAUGCUCACUCUUUUGGAAAAUUUGGACUUGUCCUUUAACCGGCUGGAGAAUUUGUCGGCAGAGUGGUUCAAACAUCUGUCCUCUCUCAGGCAUUUGAAUCUUUUAGAGAACAGAUAUACAACACUGGGUCAAGGCAAUCUUUUCUUACCGCUGAGGAAGUUAAGGAGCCUUUAUUUUGGGGGACUUGAGUCUGUCAACAAAAACGACUUUUCUGGCCUCAGUCAGCUUGAAGAUGUCAUUUUUGACGGGAGCAAACUGAAAUAUUAUGACAGAGGAAGUUUAAGGCUUACUAGGCCAAUCACGCAUGUAACACUUAAUCUGCUUUUUCCACUUCCAGGAUUUAGAUCUCCUGUAAGAGACGUAUUGUCAGAUGUCGUUCACCCAAACACAACCCUGACAUUCCUUGACACUUGGUUUUUCUUUUCAAAUCAAAUGAUCCCAUUUAAUGUGCUUUCGCAGGGUGGAACGAGAAACAUUGUCUUUAAAAAGGUGACCUUAUCAACCGCAGCCUGUUUAGCCUUUAUUAAUCAGAUGGCAAACUCAAACUUAACUAAAGUAACAUUUGAAGAUGUAAAACUUUUCUUAUUUUUUGAGCGUAUUGAUGAAAUCCCGCAUAUUGACCAACUGGAGGAGGUAGUAUUCAAAAAUAUUGAUCUUCCUGAGUUCUACAGUUUCCCGGCCCUCAUAUUCCUACAACCCUUGCUGGCCGUGGUGUCCAGGGUGACUGUCAUAAACUGCAAGAUGUUUCUCAUUCCAUGUCAAUCUAUGGGCCAUUUCUCACACCUGGAGAACAUAGAUAUGAGUGACAACUAUUUAACUGAUUCGGCUUUCACUGAGAUGAUGUGCGAUGGCGAAGCUGACCUACCAAGACUUCAAACCCUAAAUGUCAGCCGGAAUCACUUGCUAACAUUUAAUGGCCAGAUAUUUGCCAAACUGGAUAAGCUUGAAAACAUAGACAUGAGUGCAAAUAAGAUCCAUAGUUUGCCUGAGACUUGUGACUGGCCGCCCACUCUCCGAUUUAUGAACCUUUCAUCCUUACGGCUAACAAAAGUUACUUCUUGUUUGCCGAGAAGUCUACGCAUUCUUGAUCUCUCAAAUAAUAUGUUGACUGUAUUUAGCAUCGAGCUUCCUUUUCUCACAGACUUAUACAUCUCUGGAAAUAAACUCACCAGUUUGCCAGAUGGUGGUUUCUUCCCACGUCUUGUAUUUCUAUCCAUUCAAGAUAACAACCACCAGACCCUGAGUGAAAGUAUUCUGAAUAAGUAUGAGAAACUGGAGACUCUUGAGGGAAGUACAAACUCAUACAUCUGCUCGUGUGACUUUGUAGCGUUCAUGAAAAGUGAAGUAGCAAAGCAUCGAGUUACAAUCAGAGAUGAUUUCAGGUUGUAUGUCUGCGACUCUCCUGAUGCUGAGAGAGGCAAAAGUGUCAGAGAUGUGACGUUGUCCGUGUUUGAGUGCCACACAAUUUUGGCCUUUUCUCUUCUCUUCUUGGGAAUCCUGGCGGUCAUUCUGGCUUUCGCAGGUCUGUGUCGAAAAUUCAGCAUUUUAUGGUAUCUGAAGAUGACCUGGACCUGGCUGAAAGCAAAGAGGAAGCCAAAGUUAAAGAAAGGAGAGCUUAACUUUGACGCCUUUGUGUCCUAUAGUGAAAUGGACUCUGGUUGGGUGGAUGCACACCUGGUCCCACAGCUGGAGCAGGUCCAGCCUCCUCUACGACUCUGCCUUCACAAGAGAGACUUUCUUCCCGGAGGCUGGAUCCUGGACAACAUCAUGGACGCCAUAGAGAGCAGUCACCGAACUCUGUUUGUCCUCUCACAACAUUUCGUCAACAGUGAAUGGUGCAAGUAUGAGCUGGACUACACUCAUUUCAGACUGUUUGAUCAUAACGACGACACCAUUGUGCUGAUUCUGUUGGAACCCAUCGACAAAGACACCAUCCCUAAAAAGUUCUGUAAACUGCGAAAGGUCAUGAACUCCAGGACGUAUCUAGAGUGGCCCGAUGAUGAAAACCAGAUCCCCAGAUUCUGGCAAAACUUGAGGGCAGCUAUCAUGAAAAAUGAGUCAGUCAGUAAGAUUUGAUUCGAUGAUACUGUGGGAUAGUAUUAAAGAGAUAUUCCGGCGUAUAAUUAAUUUAGGGUCAAACACACUGUAACACAGAGUUAGACCGUCGAGAGAUAAAUGUUGCAGACUGCUUGCUUUUCUAGUUAUACCAACUUUAGUAACAACCGCACCAUAGCAAUACACAGCAUUCUAAGGAGCCAUACAUAAACCUCAACCAAAGCACCACUCUAUAGCCACAAAUAAUGCUCAGAACAGCACCUUACUUCAACAACAGUACAUAUAGGGUCCCAGCCAUGACACAUCUUUUUAACUUUGCCUAAUUUCUUUAACAAAGAGACUGAACACAACUCACCCACUCUCUUCCAGCAGCCGCUUGUUUGUAGCGAGACCUCGGGCCAGUCCAUUAUGGACUACAGCGGGGUGACGCAGCUCAAGGAAGAACAUUUAUGAUGAUUACUUUUAUCAUUUCCUUCAAGUAAUAAUCACCACAUUAAUCAUUUUGCACUGCAGAUGCGGUAGUUCUUCUGCCUUAGCGUCUCGGUCUGAUUGCUUUUGCAUGAAGAAAUGGUCAUAAAUGUUCUUCCUUGAGCUGCGUCACCCCGCUGCAGUCCGUAAUGGACUGGUGUGUUUGACCCUAAAUUAAUUUUACGCCGGAAUAUCCCUUUCAGUGUUUGAUUUCAGUCUUUUUUCAAUCCUAAAUCAACUUUAUUGACCAGAAUAUGCCUUUUUUUCCAAGUAAAAAAUCACUUUAUAACCUUGAAACACACUUUUGAACUCAUGUCACAAUCCGCCCCCAUCUCCCUUGUCCCCCCAUCAGCUACAUCUUUUUCUACUUAUCUGACGGCUGCUUAUUCUAACACUGCCCACCAGCGAUAUAAAAGACAGACGAGGAGCAUACCAAAACAUGGAUCUAGUCUCAGUGACAUUGACAUUGGUUUCUGAAGCUGUUUGAAGGUGGUUGCCCAAAUGGGAAUGCUGACUUCACUUUUUUUUUACUUUUUCCACUGAAAGUGACAUUUAUCACCCCUUUGAAAUCAUGUGUAUAUCAAAUGAUUUGACAAACAGUAUUUAACCUCUUAUUGUAAUCUACAAAAACGCAAUAAAACUACUUUCUGAAACACUGA